GCCUCCCAAAGUGCUGGGCUUACAAGCGUGAGGCAUCCCGGCCGGCAUUUAAAUUUAUUUUUGAGGAGGAGUACGCUCUGUCGUCUAGACUGGGUGUGGUGGCAUGAUCUCGGCUCACUGCAACCUCUGCCUCCCCGGUUCAAGCGAUUCUCCUGCUUCAGCCUCCCAAGUUGCUGGGGUUACAGGCGCGCGCCACCACAACCGGCUAAUUUUUUUGUAGAGAUGGGAUUUCACAAUGUUGGCCAGGCUGAUCUCGAACUUCUGACCUCAGGUGAUCCGCCCGCCUCGGCCUCCCAAGGUUCUGGGAUUAGAAGUGUGAGCCGCCCCUCGCCGGUUGAACAUCUGAAGCUUCUAAAGCGAACUCUUAGGUUUCAUUGGCACGAGGGGCUCGAACCAGGUCAGCCUUCCAGGCGUCAGUGCCCAAUGCUUGGCAUCUACUGACAGAAACCAGGAAUGAGGGGCUGGAGGCGGAAACAGCUUGAAGAAAGAGGUAGAGGCCAGGGAGUGAAGACGGUGUCUCCUUUUCCUGGAAGUUGGUAAUUCAGGCAGAAGGAAAUUGGAUAAGCUUCCAGACCACUCGGGGGGCCAGGUGGCCCCGAUCCCACCUCCACUGCGGAGACGCGGCCCUUUUAAGGCUCCCGGAAGCGGUCCCACAGGACCGGAAGUGACCCUCUUUAUUUCUCUGCCUCACGUGGUGCGGGCAGGAAGUGACGCGCGUGGCCCGGGAGCUGCGGACGCAGAGGCCGACGGAGCUGGAGUCGCGGACGCCGCGGGGUCUCCGGGACAGGAACCCUUAGUGCUGUGUCUAGAUUCUGCAGGGGAGGUUUGCUGGGACCUUAACCCCACCGAGCCAGCGAAAUGGCAGCCACACUCGAUUUGAAAUCAAAGGAGGAGAAGGAUGCUGAGUUGGACAAGAGGAUCGAGGCUCUUCGGCGGAAGAAUGAGGCCCUCAUCCGGCGCUACCAGGAGAUUGAGGAAGACCGUAAGAAAGCUGAACUUGAGGGAGUCGCGGUCACAGCUCCCCGAAAGGGCCGCUCAGUGGAGAAGGAGAACGUGGCAGUGGAGUCGGAGAAGAACCUGGGUCCUUCCCGGAGGUCUCCUGGGACCCAUCGGCCCCCAGGGGCCAGCAAGGGGGGCCGGACUCCUCCACAGCAGGGAGGCCGGGCUGGCAUGGGCCGAGCAUCGCGCAGCUGGGAGGGCAGUCCUGGGGAGCAGCCUCGAGGAGGAGGAGGUGGGGGCCGUGGCAGGAGGGGCCGGGGCCGGGGUUUCCCUCACCUCUCUGGAGCUGGAGACACCUCAAUCUCUGACCGUAAAUCUAAGGAGUGGGAGGAGCGGCGCAGACAGAACAUUGAGAAGAUGAACGAGGAGAUGGAGAAGAUCGCCGAGUACGAGCGCAACCAGCGGGAAGGGGUGCUCGAACCCAACCCGGUGCGGAACUUCCUGGAUGAUCCCCGGCGACGCAGCGGGCCCCUGGAGGAAUCUGAGCGGGACCGCCGGGAGGACAGCCGCCGGCAUGGCCGCAACUGGGGUGGCCCUGACUUUGAGCGGGUGCGCUGUGGCCUUGAGCACGAGCGGCAGGGCCGCCGAGCUGGCCUGGGCAGUGCUGGAGACAUGACGUUGUCCAUGACGGGCCGGGAGCGGUCGGAGUACCUGCGCUGGAAGCAGGAGAGGGAGAAGAUCGACCAGGAGCGGCUGCAGAGGCACCGCAAACCCACUGGCCAGUGGCGGCGCGAGUGGGACGCCGAGAAGACUGAUGGGAUGUUCAAGGAUGGCCCAGUCCCUGCCCAUGAACCAUCCCACCGCUAUGAUGACCAGGCCUGGGCCCGGCCCCCGAAGCCCCCUACGUUUGGGGAGUUCCUGUCCCAGCGCAAAGCUGAGGCCAGCAGCCGCAGGAGGAGAAAGAGCAGUCGGCCUCAGGCCAAGGCAGCACCCCGGGCCUACAGUGACCAUGAUGACCGCUGGGAGACAAAAGAGGGGGCAGCAUCCCCAGCCCCUGAGGCUCCACAGCCCACUUCCCCUGUGGAGACAUCCACGCAGCUACCCAAGAUCCCAGCUCCUGCCCACCAGCCUCCCGAAGACAAGGGGGAAGAGAACGAGGGGGAAGAGGAUGAAGAAUGGGAGGACAUAAGUGAGGACGACGAGGAGGAGGAGGAGAUCGAGGUGGAAGAAGGUGAUGAGGAGGAGGAACCAGCCCAAGACCACCAAGCCCCAGAGGCCGCCCCCACUAGGAGCCCCUGUAGUGAGCAGGCCCACGGAGUCCCCUUCAGUCCAGAGGAGCCCCUGCCGGAGCCCCAGGCCCCUGGCACGCCUUCCAGCCCUUUCUCACCACCCAGCGGCCACCAGUCCGUGUCCGAUUGGGGUGAAGAGGUGGAGCUGAAUUCUCCCCGGACCACCCACCCGGCUGGCGCCCUCUCUCCGGGAGGUGGCCAGUCAGCCCCUGCCUCCCUGGAGAGUGGGCCCAGCCUCCCAGGAACCCAGAAAGCUGAAGAAGAAGGGUCUGAGGCAACUCCAGAGGCGGGCCCCGAGGGCCAGGAGACGGCGGAGAUCACCGACUUCCAGAGGGCCUCCCCGAAUUCCUGAAGACGCUGCUGGGAGGGGACUGAAGCUUCCCCGCCUUGAUGGGGAGGGGGCGUCAGGAGGGGUUUAUCUGGAUUUCCAGGCUGUCUUCUCUCUUCCCCAGAGCCUAGUCUGGACCCCUUGGCUCUAGAGAGAAGACGGUGGGGGAGGAGCUGGGACAAGGGGCGCGAUUGCGGUGAGGGGCGGAGUGGAACCUCGGGGCCUGAGGUUGUGCUGAGCGACCAGGAAAGGGGGCUAAGCAGACCUGAAAGGGGGCUGAGCGUGUGCUGGAGGCGGCGGGUCCCGCAGCGGCGGGGCCGGAAUUCCGACAAGCGGAGUUAGGCGGGGGGCGGGGUCGGCGCGCGCGGGUGGAGAUCUUGCCCCGGUCAUGGGGCGGGGCCAUCCGCGGGGGCGUGGUCGGGUUGCCGCGCGGGAGCCCGCGGUGGAGGAGAGCAGGGACUCCGGCCUAGACUGUGGGAGCCAGAGGGUAGCGCGCGGGGCUUGAGCGCUGGAGUAGACAGUCCGACAGUCAGCAAGAGAUACUGGCUGCGGCAGAGGGCGGCGUAGGGCUCCAGGCAGGGCUUGAGCGGGACGAGGGGGCGGGUUCCGAGGCGGGGUAGACGCCUGGGCUGGAUGAAGUCUGGGUCUGGGAAGAGAACCGGGUUGUGGCAGAAACAGGCGGUGAUAGAGGUGAUGGAGCUAAAUGCGGGGGCGGGGCUGGAGCGAGGGGGCG